UAUAUUCUCAAUAUUAAAACAGAGUCUUUGACACAUUGAUCGUCCUCCGUCAUGAUGUUGCGAUGCGUGAGGGCAACAGUUGCCAAUGUUCCUAGGUCAUCAUCUUUGCUGGGCAAAUCCUUGCGAUCCACGGUCGUAUCGGCUUCCCGAGCACGAAUUCAUUCAUUACAUGCAACACGCGCUACUAAUGCAGCAGCUCAAGCUGACAGUAAAAGUGAUAAUCUACCCGACGAUACCGACACACCGCUAUCCAAAGAUAUUCACGUAGCUGCGAGUACGGACUACAAUACCAACCAUAAAUCAUUUGAGCAACAGAAGACCCGUCUGAUGACUUCAAUGGAUAUGCUCUAUCAAGUUCAGGAUGCUCCUUCUGAGAAAUUAGAUGCCAUGCCCUUUGACGACCAGGAAGCACAAUACUGGGCGCGUCGUAUGCAUGCAGCCAUGGAGGACCUCGAACAGGGAGUCACGCGUCUUCGCAUUGCUGUUGUCGGUGAAUCCAGUGGGCAGGAGUCGAUCAUAGAUCUACUACUUCCGAGUGAACAGGGCAUUCGGCGAUCAGCCAAGGAGACAGGAAAAAUUCAUCGUAUUCGCUACGGUACAAAAUAUCAGCUCAUUGAGGAUGGAUCAGAAAACGUGGAACUGGCUCCUAUUAGUUGGCUCGAGGGUUUAACCGACAGGGAUGGAAGCGAAAUUGUUGAGGUCCCAGGCCUGGAUUUGGAUGGCUUGAUGAUGGACGAUAUUGUAUUCAGUAGCGACUUGAUCUUACUUAGGACGGAUGCCCAACGUCAACUUUCUUUGGAGCGUGAACAGCACUUUUUGAAUCGGUAUCGUCACAAAUCACAGAUCCUCAUCGUUGCCGACAUGAACUUGCUGGACACUUCUUCAGAAGCUUUAACGUUAUCGAACAUCAAAGCGAACCUUGCACACGCGGUGAAAUCAACUGUCGGCGGAUAUAGCAAUAUUCAACAUUAUAAUCAUCAGACAACUACUGUCGCUAAGAUCUUACGUAUCUCCAAUCCAGAUCCUAUUCCCCCUAUCGUUGAGUUGAUCCCUCGUACACAGUCCGAAAACCGCUACCUGGAGGCUGUUGGUACGCUUCAAAGGGUUGUAGCAGAAACGUUGCUUGUGGAAGGGGCUGAACUUCAGAGCGAUCACCACCGACGUGCGGCUCUUUUGACAAGGUGCCGCGACCUUGUUGUUGCAGGUGUUGAGAAUAUGGAAAACCGACUCCAGAGGCGUUUAGAAACUUUUUCUAAAGUAGACAAGCUCUCAGAAUUAGCUACACAGGAGAUCAAGCGAAUCGAGUCUGCAGAGCAAGAGAGGAUGAUGGCGCAAGUCACGGGUGGCGAGAUUGAUAAAGAUGUGGGGCAGAUGAGGCGCGUAUUGGACCAAUUUUUUAAAUCUGAAGUGCCCUUUUGGAUGUUGUUUGCAAGGAGUGGAGAGAUUGCAGAACGAAUGCAUGAGUUAUGGACUGUUGGUGCUUUUGCAGAAACGGAGCAUCGCAUGGCAUAUGCUUUGGGACGUCUGCACCAGAGUUCACAGGAGGCUUUCAGAACAAUCUUCCAGGAAAUUGAGACACUUGAAAUCAAACUAGAACAUACUCGACCUAUUGGUAGCACAGCAGUUUUACAUGAUCUAGCCAAUGUGCGUCAAUUGUUAAAUCACGCACAGAAUGAUACUCAGCAGGAAAUCAAGGACAAGGAUGCGUUCGUGGUCAGUAAUAUUGUCUGGAAACAUCGAAAUGCAUACGGUACUGUGGAGAGAUCUCUCAAAGCUGGUCGCCCUGGCGCAUUGGAGCGUCUUCAGAUGCGAGGACAGAUUGCGUUAGCGCAAGGUUUGGGACUACAAGGCACCGCGCUGUUUGCUGGGUUAGGACUGGCACAACAAUAUCCACCCGAGGUUUAUUUGACUAGUGGGACAUUAUUAGCAUUAGCAGGACUAGGAUAUAUGCAAGUUAGGUGGAAAGCAGCCGAGAGGGAGUUCAAAGCGGAAGCGGAAGCAUUAGCAGAAAAGCUGAAGCAUGAUAUUGUGGAAACAUACAAUGACCAAGUGAACAAAACAAUUGUUAAUCCAUUGACAGGUGUUGUUCAGCAACUGGACAAGAGCUUGAGUGAGCGCCUUUUAAGGUCAUUAGAGCAGCGCAAGGUCUUGACAAGGAUCAAGCGUGACGCUCAAGGCGAAGAUGAGAUCAAAUUCUAGUUCUUUCAUCAUUAUUCAUCUGUUUUGGCAUAAACUAUCUUAAACUGUUAUCUAUAGAUACUUUUUUUUUUCUUUCCUUUUACUUCCUAUGCUAUUGUGGAUGUGAAUAGAUUUUAAAAUGCUGUCAAGAGGAAAGGAGCAAUAAUCUGUACUGCAUGCUACGCUUUCGAUCAUCUGUAUAUAUAAUUCAUCAAAUUUGUUAUUCUAUACACCACAUGGCGUAGACAAUUACACAAAAAUGAGUUCACAGAUUUAAUUUUAAAGU